AUGGCCGAGUGUUGGGAUGUAGUGAUCGCGACUUGUGAUGAGCCAGGAUCAGGCACUGAUGCAUCCGUUUAUCUAAAGAUAUACUACGAGUCAGCUCACGAUUACGAAACGUUCAAUCUGGACAAUCCAGGCAAGGAUGACUUCGAAAGGGGAGCAAAGGACCACUUCAAGCUGUUCUUCAAGCAAGGAGACAUCAUAAACAUGGGACUGUUCUGGUGGCCAGGAUUCACCUUCAGUCAAUCGUGGUGUACGAAAUGGGUUCUUCUAUUAAAUUCGGAUACGGAAACGUGUUUUGAAGGAAUCUUCAACAAGUGGAUACUUCAUUAUAAGGAUCCUCCCACAUAUGCGACACGAUUCCACAAACUGCGAUUCGCCGACUGUGUGGCUCCAGGUGAUCCAUCAGCAAAUCGACGAAGCUACAUGAGAUACGAUGACAUGCCUGGGACGAAUUAG